AUGCCCGCGCACGUCGGGAUCGUCCCCUCGCGCCCGCACCCGGCGCCGCUCGCGGACCGCGGCCGCCGCGGCCGCGCGCGAUGGCGGUGCGACGCGAACGACGGUGGAGGAGCCGGCGCCGAUCGUCGCGCGAUUUCGCGCCGCGAAAAUAAAGCAACUCCGAGAGCAUCUUCCCCGCUGCGGCAGCCGCCCGCGUUCGUCCGACGCGCGGUGGAGCUCUCCGCGUGGGCGGGGCGCGAGGCCGUCUCUGUCGUCGCGGCGAAAGAGAAGCCGUCGACGUCGGGCGGCGCGCGCAACAACGUCGUGGGACUCCACGCGCCGUCGUCGUCGCACACGGCGGAGAGAUCUGAGCGCGCGUCGGAUCAUCGGAGCGUGAUCGCGCGCGCGUUCGCGAGCCGGCGCUGGUGGUUCCUCGCCGGAGUGAGCAACACUGUGGGGGACAAGGAGCUCGAAGCGAUCGACGCGCUGCACGCGUCCAUCACGAACGACGUCCUCGCCGCGCCGCGGUCGCCGGUGCAGACGUCGAUCGACUCCAUGGAGGACAGCGUCGACGGCGAGGACCGCGGCGGGGGCGUCGUCGUGAACGAGUUCAGGGACGCGUCGGGGAACGCGUUUCAGGUGGCGCUGUCGAACGAAGACGCGCCCGCGGGGAUGACGAAACUGGAGAUGCGCGGGAUGGACCGAGAUAACUUGCUCGGGUCGCUCUGCUCCGCGCUCGCGCGCGUGAACAUCUCGAUCGUGAGCGGGAUCAUAAGCACCGGGGACGACGGGCGGGUUCGGAACACGAUGUUCGUGAGGAAGCAGCUGAGCGCGCUGCCGGAGAUCGCCGCGUCGGACGGCGACCCCUCCGCCCCGGGCCUGAAUACCGCGGCGACGAAUACCAUCGUCGCUCCCAUCACGAUCGACGAAAUGAAUAACAUCACGCGCGUUCCCGAGUCCGAGUUCUCCGCGGUGUCGCUGCGAGUCCUCUCCGCGUGCUGGACGUCCGACCGCAGAGAGUGGCUGAAGACGAGGCAGGCUGGGAAGUUUCUCGGCAGCGCGUACGACCGCGGGAGCCUCGGAGACGGCGCCGGCGGGGGAGACGUCGCCGCCGCGGAGGCGAAGAUGCGCGCGGUCAGCGCGCGGCUCGCGGACAGCGCGGCGCGCGUGGCGAUGACGAGAGACGCGUGGAGUAAGACGGACGUCGUCGAGGACGAUUUGCUCGCGGAGAUGGAGGGCGCGAUGAAGGAGUUGACGAGGGCGCGAAAGGCGCAGAGGAAGCGGGAGAAAAAGAUGGCGGCGAGGGCGCUGAUGAAGGGGCCUGGCGCGAAGAAGGACGAAUCCGGGUUUACGACGGAUUCGGGUUCCGUCCUCUCGAGCGCGUUCGUCCGCGGUGUCAUGGCGAUGAACCUCGCCGCGGUGCUGUUCGGCUCGAACCAGGUCGUGAUCAAACAAGUCGCGGACGCCGGCUGCGACGACUUCACGCAGCUCUUCUUCCGCUUCGUCUUCGCCGUGAUCCCGCUCGUGCCGUUCCUCGCGGAAGGCCUCGAGAGCAAGGACCGAGACAAGCUCCUUCAGAACGCCCUCGAGGUUGGCACCGUGCUGUGCGUCGGGUACAUCCUUCAGAUCAUCGGGUUGGACGGCACGACGUCGUCGCGCGGCGCGUUGACGUCGACGUUCACCGUCCUCACCGUACCGAUUUUCGCGCAAAUGUCCGGUCAGGUCGUCCCGUGGUACACCUGGCCCGCGUCCGCGAUAGGGAUCGUCGGCGUCGGGUUGCUCACGAACAGCGGCGGGGAGCCGGUCGUGGGCGACGCGAUUUGCAUCCUCUCCGCGACGGUUUUCGGGUAUCACACGCUUCGAUCCGCGGAGUCGGCGGUGAUGUUUGAAGACUUGGAACUCCCGUUCAUCGCGUGGCAGAUCGCCGUCGUGUGCGUCGAAGCCGGCGCGUGCAAGCUGUUGUCGAUGAUCUAUCACGCGCACGAGCAAGGUAUUGAUGCAACGGCCGUGUUCGCGGCGUUACCGGACGAGCUCGCGGCCACGCCGUGGGCGCCGAUCGCGUACAUGGGCCUCUUCACGACGUCGUUUACGCUUCUGAUUGAAUUCUACGCGCUUCAAAACAUAAGCGCGGCGACCGCGGCGUUAGUGUACACCGCGGAGCCGCUGUGGGGCGCCGCGUUCGCGUGGUGGUUCAUGGGCGACCGGUGGGGCCCGAUAGGGUGGGUCGGCAGCGCGCUCAUCAUCGGAAGCAGCGUCGGGUCGCAAUUGCUCUCGUUCGAUGAGGUGAAAAAAGCCAAGGCGUUGGAAGCUGCCAACGACGCGUUGAUCGGCGCGGACGCGGCGCGAUCGCGGUGACGAGCGAGCGGCGAAUCGCAUCGCGCGGGGCGGGCGGGCGGGCGGGCGGGCGCCCCCCGCGACCUGUAUCUGUACUGUAGUUGUUUUGCCUGCCGCUGCGUAUAUUAUAUCACGUAUUACUUGUAUCCGU